AUGGCUAACAAAGAGAGCAAUCCCCCGAAGGAGAUUGAAUAUGUUGUUGAUGAAAAUGGCAAAUCAAAUGGUAGUCCAUCAGCGAUGCCAUCCUCGUUGGCCGUUCUGUCCGAGGUCGAACUUACCAAGAUCGGGCGUCGAGCAACGCUGAAGCUAGACGCCCGGAUCAUGCCAUGCAUGGUGUUGAUGUAUAUCAUGAACUACCUCGACCGACAGAACAUUGCUGCUGCCAAAUUAGCUCAAAUCGACCAAGAUCUCAACAUGACAGACGUGCAGUACCAAACCUGCGUCAGCAUCCUGUUUGUCGGCUACAUCCUCAUGCAAGUCCCGUCAAAUCUCGUCGUGGGCAAAAUCAGGUUUCCAGGUGUCUACAUCUGUGUCUCAAUGGCCCUUUGGGGCGUCCUUUCCGCCUGUACAGCCGCUGUCCACAACUCUUCCGGCCUCAUGGCAUCUCGUUUCUUCCUUGGAUUCGUGGAGGCAGUCUUCUUCCCCGGAGCGCUUUUCUACAUGUCAUUGUUCUACACCAAAAAGCAGUAUGCGAUGCGAACAGCCAUCCUGUACUCUGGCUCCCAGAUUGGUAACGCCUUUGGCGGCCUGUUCGCUGUCGCAAUCCUAAAACUGGAUGGAAAGCAUGGGCUUGAGGGCUGGCGAUGGCUUUUUCUGAUCGAAGGUGUUGCCACGGUUGGUAUAGCUAUUAUCCUUGCAUUUAUCCUGCCCAACUCGUUGAAGUCUAUUACUGGACUGAGCAAGUUAGAGCAUGAGUACUUACUGUGGAGCUUCGAGGAGGAUAAUGGCCAGCAAGAUAACGCUGAUGAGGCCAGCGUGCAAAAGGGCGUAAUGAUGGCCGUGACAGACCCGAAGACAUGGUUUUUCAUGGGCACUCUUUAUUGCAUCUACAUUGCGGGUGCCGUGACCAACUUCUUCCCUUCAGUGGUUGCCACUCUUGGAUACUCCCGAAACAAAACAUAUGGCCUUACUGCGGUUAGUAUCCCCCCAGCAUGUGUUAGAACCUUUUCAAUUACUCAUGCGGAUACUCUACAGCCACCAUAUAUGCUCUGCGUUUUUGCUAUGAUUCUGAAUGGUUUCCACUCGGACAAGAUACGCGGCCAGAAACUCGAUCUAAUGAGGCAUCAGAAACAAGAGCGCUACUGGCAUAUCGUCGGCCCGAUGGUUAUCUGUCUUGUGGCUAACAUAAUAGCUGUCUCGACGCUGAACACGGCGGCACGAUUCACUGACCAUCACUACGAUGUAGAUGUUGCCAUGAUGUUGAUGCCAGGAUCGUUCUACUCGGCAGCUAUCGUUCUUCUAUCAUGGGUAGCUGGCACUCUAUCGCAACCGUCCAUUAAGCGUGCCUCGGCUAUUGCUUUGAUCAAUGCAGUCUGCAAUACUCCAAAUGUAUGGGCCUCCUACCUUUACUACUCCUCGCCAAGAUAUCUGGCAGCCUUUUUGGUCAAUCUAGCCGCUUCCGUCUUGGCUAUUAUCCUGGCCACCGUAACUCGAGUUUACUUGCAGCGUCAAAACAAGAAGCUUGAGCGUGGCCAAGAUGUGGGGCGAAAUGGCCCAACCCCAGCCCAGAUUGCUGUUGGAUUCCGCUAUGUGGUUUAG